AUGCCACUGGGUGGGGCUGAAAAGUUUGCAAAUUCAUCCCCAUAGUAACGGAAAGAUAAUAAUGGAGCAUGAGAUUCUCCUUGCUUGUAACAUCGGUGAUCUUCCCUGGCUAAAAGCAUCUGUUGAAGAAUCAAAGAAAGAAAUAAAUGAAAUUUACAACAAUGAGGGCUUGACUCCACUACACUUGGCUGCUUAUACCAGAAACAUUCCUAUACUGAAGUACCUUAUCUCCAAAGAACUAGACAUAAACUCCUCAACGUUGUACACUGCUAACACACCACUUCAUCUAGUACUGCUGAGCUCCUCAUGCAGUGUAGAUAAUGAAGGCCAGGCUAUUAGAGACUGUGUGCAACUCUUACUGAGCCAAGGAGCUCAAUGCAACAAGAGGAACUCCAAUGGGCAGACUGUAUUGCAUUUAGCAGCCAAGGCAGGGAUUGUGUACAUUGUUAGACUGCUCCUUGACUAUGAGGCAGAUUUCACUCUUAAAGAUGAUAGGAAUCAAACACCUUAUGACAUUGCUUGUCUUUAUGGCAACCACGAGUGUGCCAGGUUACUUAGGGCACUCCACUGGGCAAGAGAGAAGGAUAUUCAUGCAAAGAGAAAGUUGCAAUCAGAAAGGGAAACCCAAAGGCAAAAGGUCCUUUGCAAAACAAUACAAAACCAACUACGAAAACAAGAAGCAGAAAAUGCAUAUGAUGAAUGGCUUUGUAGAAAUAACUUCUCUUUGCCCCCUCCUCCUCCUCCUCCUCCUCGCUCCACCAGUUGUUUAUCAUGUGAAACCUGUAGCUCUAUCACUCAACUGGACAGCAUCACUCAAAUGGACAGCCUCGAUACUGCAGUACAGUCAAUUCAUUCAAGCAAUGAACCAAAGAUAGCAAAAAUACAAAUAUCGUUUAACCAAGCUGAGCACAACACCGCUCCAGUUGGAAAGCCGCACAAGCUUUAUCCUUAUUCGAAUUAUCCUCCAAAGCAGUACCGAUGUCAUACCAAGACAGAGGGUCAUGUAGAGUCUAGAAAUCAGCGUCCUUUUAGUUCUGCAUCGAACCGUCGUCCAUCAAAAAGAGUUGUAUCUCAUGUGAGGAUUAAAAGUGCUCCAACUCGAAUUGCAAUAGGAACUGAACAAAUGCAGUCUAAGUCCAAGAGCAAAAUGCCACACACAAGAAAGAUCAUUCACAAGGCCACGAGUGUCAAUGGAGAGACUUAUAAUGAUAUUAAUGGUCAAACAGAAACUAUGCCAUCACUAAUUGAUACAGAAAAAAAGGAAGAGAAUGUUGUAGUACUAACAGAAGAGGCACUCAAGGAAACUACAAAAGAUGAUGCAAAUGAUGAAGAUGGUAGUUCAACGUCACUCGAUGGACUUACCUUUCAUGAUGUAGGACCAGAAAAUGACCUAAAAUCAUUAGCCAGUCCUGUUAGCAAUGCUAGUGGAAGAGGAGCAGCUUCUUCUAUCAAUCCAGUUGAGUUUUUACGUGUACUAUCAGAGUUAUCAUCUCAAAGAACUCACAGCCGUUCACAUGGGAAAUACAAACCCUCUACUUCAAUAAAGUAUGACAGACGGUUUAGUCUUGGCUCUAUCCCCGAAGGAGAAAUGGUAACUAACUAUAAUCAAGUCGAAGGAUCUCUAGUCUUUGAUGAUGACUUUUUACACAACUUAAUGCCUUUUGCAUUUGACAGCAGUCACUUUCAAGGGACAGAAGAGCCCCCAUCAGAUCAUGAAUCACCUCCUCAUACUCCUAUUGAGAGAUCUGCUCCAUCCGUAAAAUUGGCAUGGGACAAUAGCACACCACGAACUCCUGAUAAAUCCCGAGUUGUGUCUCCUGCUAAUUCUAUUAGAAAGUUAUCGUCAAAGCCGCUAAAGAAGCCAUUGGAAUCAUCAAACAGAACUCCACUCAAAACGUCAGUGUGUGAAUUUGGCGGCAAAAUCAGUUACACUCAAAAUUAUAAAUAGUCUGUUU